AUGUGGGACCGCCUUCCGACGAGAGCAGUGUUGAGUCGGCGUGGUUUGGGGAUCCCCGCGGAGUGCGGGGCUUGCGGCGCAGAUAAGACUGUGGAUCAUGUACUAUUUCGGUGCACUUGGGCGAGGUCGACAUGGCAGUGGACAGGUAUCCCGGAGGAGGUGUGGCAGGAGAGGAGACUCUUCCUGCAGUUGAUACGACAGUGGUUGGCCAGUCCCGAGACAUGUCAGGAGGCCAUCCGAGCGACUUGCACAGCCCAUCAGAUCUGGCUGGCAAGGAACGCUCGCACUUUCGGCGAGCGCAGGAUGUCGCCGAGGUUUGUUGCGGAGUCUGCUCGAGCACUGGCGAUGGAGUCCAGACUUCCCACCCCCUCUGACAUACCCUUGAUAGCUCGAGACACCUGGGGUUCCUUCUCUGCUCAGGCAGCUCCUCGAACGGUGUUCUUUACCUGGGAGCCCCCACCCCCGAGUUUCCUCAAGGUAAAUUUUGAUGGGUCGGUGUUGGAUGGAGGUACGCGAGGCGGAGCAGGCUUCGUCAUACGGGACCCUCGAUCUAGGGUAGUGGCAGCGGGCGGUUGCCGGUUGUUUGACAUAUCAGUUCCUGGGGCAGAGUUGCGAGCUGCCUGGGCAGGUCUUCGCCAUGCCCGGCAGGUGCUGCGGGCCAGCUCGAUCAUCCUGGAGGGCGACUCGGCUACAGUUAUUGGGUGGAUCCAGCGGGGACCGAGUGGUGAGAGCACUGACCACCCUCUGAUCCGGGACAUUAGGAUGAUGGUGAGGGAUAGCGUGGCCUUUGAGGCCAAGCAUGUAUUCAGAGAGGCCAACGGGGCGGCUGACUGGGUGGCUGCAUACGCGGCCCACCAUUCCGGAUACGCCUUGAGGGCAGGAGAGAGAGAGAGAGAGCUGCCUUUGGCACUUCGUGAGAUUGUGUAUUUUGACUUUCUUGGGUGUAUUCAGACACGCGUUGUCUGA